AUUUUAACAAAAAUAUAUUACUUAUAAAUAAAUAAAUAAAUAUCCUAGUUUUCAAAUAGAAAUUAAUAUAAUCGCAAAUAUUUUUUGCUUCUCUUUAUUAUGGAUAUUGCAAACAAUUCAUAUUUAAAUAAACCAUUAAUGGAUAUUUCACAAAAGAAUUAUGUGACUUUAAAAUGGAACAACUUAAAUGUAGAAAUUCUUGAAUAAACUAGAUAAAAAAAUAAAACAUACAAAACUAUUUUAAAUAACUGCUCUGGCUAUGUUACUCAAGGCCAAACACUUGCAAUAAUGGGCCCAUCAGGCGCUGGAAAGACAACACUUCUAAGCUUAUUAACAUAAAGAAUAAAGUCUAACAGGAGUUAAAAAAUUUAAGGAGAAAUACUAAUGAAUGAAAGCAAAUAUACUGCAGAAGAUUUUAGUAGCGUAGCAGCAUAUAUAUUAUAAAAUGAUAUAUUAAUGGAAUCACUAACUGUAAGAGAAACUAUUGAAUUUGCUGCAAGGUUAAAACUUAAAGAUAGUGAGUCUGAAAAAAUGAACAAAGUUAACUCUAUAAUUAAAAAAUUGAAACUUGAAAAGUGCUAAAAUAGCUAUGUUGGAGGAACAUACAUAAAAGGUAUAAGUGGAGGAGAGAGAAAAAGGACUAAUAUAGGAGUAGAACUAGUUACAGACCCUCAAUUAAUUGUCCUUGAUGAACCCACUUCCGGUCUAGAUAGUUUUACUGCAUUGCUUACAGUCAAUUUAUUAAAGCAAUUAGCAAAAAAUGAAAAUAAAACUAUAUUGUUCACUAUUCAUCAACCUAGUAGUGAUAUAUAUAAUUCUUUAGAUAGAAUAUUAUUACUUAGAAAUGGUAUGACUGUAUAUCAAGGAGAUUCUAGAGAAAUAGUACCUUAUAUGCAAAAAUGCGGUUUGGUUUUACCUGAAUACUGCAAUCCAGCUGACUUCUUCAUGGAAAUUAUUGCAAACAACAAAAUAAAAUUUGAAAGCAAAGAAGAACCCUUCACAUUGUAGUCAUACUAAGAGUAUGUGUAACCACAAUUAGAUGAAGAAAUGAGGAAUUUAAAGUCUAGUAAGCUCAUUAUCCCAGAAUCAGCAUAUGCAAAUGACUUUUUUUAUGAAACUAAGUUAAUUGCUUAAAGAUCAUUAAAAAACUUUUACAGAUCACCUGUUCUAUUGAAAGGAAAAUUAUUCCAGUUAGUUGUUAUGUGGUUUGCUACUUCUUCAUUGUGGUGGAGAUUGGGAAAUAAUAAACCUAGUAAUAAUAAUAUCGAUGAUAUAUAAUAAUGGGUUAUGAAUGUCACUGGGCUGUUAUUUUUCAUUGGUAUUAGCUGCUUUAUGAAUAUUAUGAUGACUCUCACAAUAACAUUUCCUAUUGAAAGGAGUGUGUUUUUAAAGGAAGAAAACUCCCAUUCUUAUCGAGUUUCUUCAUAUUUUAUGGGAAAAUUAUUGAUUGAAUUGCCAUACAUAAUACUUUAUCCUUUAUUACUUGUUGUUGUCUGUUACUGGCUAGUUGGUUUAAGGACAGAAGGGUUUUUACUUUGUGCCUUUGUAUUAAUUCUAAUGUCAUUAACUGGUAAUGGGUUAGGUUUAAUGACUGGAGCUAUGUUUGCUAGUCCAUAAGCUUCAGCUGCAAUGUCUCCAAUGUUAUUACUGCCAUUUUUGAUGUUCUCUGGAUACUAUAGUAAUUUAGAUUACUUGCCUGGCUGGAUAACUUGGAUUUAAUAUUUAUCUCCAUUUAGAUAUAUGUAAAAUGCUUUUUUAAGAAAUGAGUUUGAUGGAGCUGACUACAAUGGCUACAAUCCAGUGUAAGUUUUAGGAUAUAGCUUAUCUCUUUGGGAAUCUAUAGGCGUUUUAAUAGGUUUAGCUACUGGUUUUCAUAUACUGGCUUUUAUUUUUUUAAAGGCAAGAGCAAAAAAGUUAAGCUGAAAUUAUAAAGCUAAUAAUAAAUUUAAAAAAUGAGUUUGUGUAAAAAAAAUAAUGUUUCAAUUGUUAGUUAUAAGUUCGCAUUAAUGCAUAUUCAAUUGAGUUAAUGUAUUAUGCAUAAGUUGUUUUUUAAUAAAUAAAAAAUUAGUAAUUAAUUAAUUUUGGAAAAAAAGAACAAUUCCAAUUAAAAU